AUGAAGAGCUCCCUCCUCAACCACAGUGCAAGCAUAGUAUUCCAUGACACCAACAACCACUCUGUUUGCACCAGUCACCUAACCAUAUGUACUACUUCCUCCUCCACAGUGGACGGCUGCAUCGAUUGGUCGGUAGACCUGAAGAGGUACCGGGUCCUAGCAGGGGAACCAGUGAGGGUGAAGUGCGCCCUGUUCUACAGCUACAUCAGGACCAACUACUCCAUGACUCAGAGCGCCAAGCUCCGGCUCAUCUGGUACAAAAACAAAGGGGACUCUGAGGAGCCUAUCAUCUUCUCCGGCCAUCGGCUCAGCAAGGAGGAUGACUCCAUCUGGUUCCGCUCAGCUGAGCUGGAGGACAACGGCUUCUACACCUGCGUCCUGAGAAACUCCACCUACUGCAUGAAGGUGUCCAUGUCCUUGGCGGUAGAGGAGAACGACGAGGGCCUGUGCUUCAACAGUAAAAUACGUCACCUGGAGAAAGCCGAGAUCACUAAGAGCAAGAUGAUCAACUGCCCCGACAUCGAGGAUUACCUCGCCCCUUACAAGCAGCCCCAGAUGACCUGGUAUAAGGAGUGUGAGAAGAGGACGUGGCGGAGCUCCAUCAUGGUGAACAUCACCAACAUCUGGUUUCCUGAGGUGCAGGAGGACGACGGGGGGAACUACACCUGUGAGCUCAAGUAUGGCAGCCGGGUGGUGAGGAGGACCACGGAACUCAAAGUCACAGCUCUCCUCACAACCAGACCCCCAAAGGUCCUGUUCCCUACUGAGAGACAGGCCAGUGUUAUAGAUGUCCAACCGGGUAUGCCCCUCAGUCUAGACUGUAAGGCCUUCUUUGGCUACAGCGGGGAGUCUAGACAUAUCAUCUACUGGAUGAAGGGGGAGAAGUUUGUGGAGGAGCUGGCAGGUCACAUUAAAGAAAGUGAAGUCAGGGUGCUGAAGGAACACUUGGGGGAAAAGGAGGUGGAGCUGUCCUUAACCUUCGACGCGGUGGAGGAGACGGACCUGGGAAACUACACCUGCUAUGUGGAGAACCACAUUGGACGGAGGAGCGGCAGCGCCAUCCUGCAGAAAAGAGACAUGUACAGGCUAGAGCUGGCUGGUGGACUGGGAGCCAUCCUGCUGCUACUGGGAGUCUUCACGGCCAUCUACAAGUGCUACAACGUGGAGAUCAUGCUCUGCUACCGGAGGCACUUUGGGAGUGACGAGACAGAGGACGACAACAAGGAGCAUGAUGCCUAUCUGUCCUACACAAGAGUUGAGCUGGAUUCCAUGGACAGGGGCUCCAGUGAAGAGGAGCAGUUUGCUCUGGAGAUCCUCCCAGAUGUUCUGGAGAAACACUACGGAUACAAGCUCUUCAUCCCCGACCGGGACCUCAUCCCCACCAGUCACAGCAUCUACAUUGAGGACCUGGCGCGGAGCGUGGAGCAGAGCAGACGGCUCAUCAUCGUGUUGACUCCUGAGUUUGUGGCCAAGCGUGGCUGGAGCAUCUUCCAGCUGGAGACUCGGCUCCACAGCAUGCUGGUGACCGGAGAGAUCAAGGUGAUUAUGAUCGAGUGUGCCAACCUCAAGAGCGUCAUCAACUACCAGGAAGUGGAGGCCCUGAAGCACACCAUCAAAGUCCUCUCCAUCAUCAAGUGGAGGGGCCCCAAGAGCAAUGAGCUCAAGUCUAUGUUCUGGAAGCAGGUGAUAUACGAGAUGCCGGUGAAGAGGAAAGAGAUGCUGUCUCGCCGGCAGGUGCUAGACUCCAGGGAGCAGGGUCUGUUCGGCGACCUGCAAACGGUCUCCACCAUCGCCAUGACGACCACAUCUGCCUCAAUGGUGCCCGCCCACCACGCUGAGAUUCCAGACUUUAACCAGACCAGCCACCCUCAGAUGAGACACUACUGCACCCGUAGCUAUGAGUAUAAGAUGCCUGCCUCCCCCGUGCAGAUAGCCACCUUGAGUAACCGUCACAUAUACUGCAAUAUCCCCAUGACGCUGCUCAACGGACAGGUGACUCAGAACAACACGAUGGGAAAGAGCAAGCAGGAGAUCCACUUGAACAGCACUUUCGUCCCUCUAUCUGGGGGGGAACACACAAGUGAUAUCUGGUAGACUGAUAUCCAGCUUGAUGCCACAUCUCUUAUGUCUUUGUCUUUUAUCUGCAUGAAGAUUCAUUUAGACAAAACACUGAUCAAAAACCAUUCUGCACACAAUCAUUUCUCGCUGACUAUUUUCAUUAGCGGUUAAAUGUUUUCUGGAUUUGUCUUUUUUCGUUCAGUCUUUAAAGAAAUCAAGGACAAAGGGAGUUGCUCCAGUCAUCAUUUUCUUACUUGAAAAAUGUCUCCUUUUUUGAGAUGAGUAAUAAAUGAAAAAUCCUUGUUUUAAAUGUUCAAGGUAUUGUUAUUAUGUACAGUUUUCAUAUCUUCUAUAGACAUUCAUGAUGAUUCCUUUAAGAUUUUAAUGGCGUGAGUAUGUGAGUGAAUCCAAAUUGAAAGAUUCUGACCUGUGAUAUUUUCUUGGGAAAAGGGAACGUUUCUCAUUGCAGCACAAUUCUGUCAAGAUGGACUGAAAACAUUCUCUGUGAGCUUUAAAAAUGUUACAGUAUAUUUAAGCAAAUCAAUAAUGUUUGAAUUUACACAAGCUAUUGUCAUUGUUUGAGGCCAAUUAAAUAUGAAUAUUUGAAUUGUUUAAUGCAGUAUUUGUUUGAGUUGUAGUCUGUGACUAGUUGCUGUCUCUUGAGUUCUGCCUGUUACUUUGCUUAUUUUAGUUGUACAAAACAAGAAGCCUUUUUCUCUGCUGAAUUCCUCCCCUGCUUCACCUGCCUUCCUUCCUCUGUUGGCCAUAUUGUUUUCAGAUGGCCAUUGAGUUGUCUUUUUGAGGAUGAGCCGCCCUCCAAAUAGUACAGAUGGACUCGGUGGUGCUUUCGGAAACGAUGGUAGUAUUGACUGAAUGUAUUGUAGAAAUUAAAGGGAACUGGAAUCACCUGAGAGAUAUUUGCAUUUAUAUCUAUUUUAUUUUAUUGAUUUCAUUUGCUAAAUGAGAAGAGAAUAGUCUUAUAGAAUCAUCCUCUUUUCAGUUGCUCUGCUAUUUUGAUCUUAGAAAAUGAAUCCUAUUUGUCUGCAAUGAUUUGUAAUAUAGCAGCCUCUAUCUGUCUCAUUGAGUUAUAGAGGAAUAAUCAGCUUCUAAUGUGUCUCAUUGAGUUAUAGAGGAAUAAUCAGCUUCUAAUGUGUCACAUUGAGUUUUAGGAAUGAUCAGCCUCUAAUCUCUCUCAUUGAGUUAUAGAGGAAUGAUCAGCCUCUAAUCUCUCUCAUUGAGUUAUAGGAAUGAUCAGCCUCUAAUCUCUCUCAUUGAGUUAUAGAGGAAUGAUCAGCCUGUAAUAUGUCUCAUUGA